AUGUCAGCGACAGGACAACAGCCGAAUCAACAACAAGAGCAUCGAUCCAACGGAUCUUCCUCUACUUCAACUAUUGUACUCGGGCUGCUCUCUCCCCCUCCAACUCCCCCUCCCUCAAAUUCCGGUCUUCCACCUCCCCCAUCUCAGCCUCCUGAUACAACUCCUGACAACGGAACUGGAAACUGUAUUGAAGUGUUGGUUGAGAGUAAGGAGGCUGAGACCGAGGUGGUUGAGGAACAAGAACCGGACGAUGACACAACCAAAACCAUUUCUCCUCCCCCUGAAGCAACAGCCGACUUCAAAUCUACUGUCAAGGCUAUUUUUCUACGCUUAAUAGCCCUUCCGGGUGACUUGCGGGCUGUUGAUCAAAACCAAGCGAGUACAGCAUGCCAACCUUCUUCUUGA